UCAAUAACAGAUUUUUUUAAUCUGGAUGGUCGUUUACUUUAAUGAAUAAUGGCCUUUAAUGAAUAAUAGUUUCCACCGAGUCAAUCAACUACAGUCGAAUAUUCCCCUAUUAUAGUCAAACGACAGAUGAAUGCGCGACUGUAGUUGAUUGGUUCUUACUGUAGUUGAUUGAUUCUGAUCCGGAUUAAACCCUCGGUGGAAACUAAGCCAAUAUUUCGGUUUGUGGGGCAAAGCGACGCUUUAUCUGCUAGUUUCGUUUCAUGCAGAAACGCGUCGAAUAAUCUCAAUUUUAUUGUUUUUUAGGCUGCGAAAGCUAAACUAUACAAUUAUCUUUUAUUUAUUUUUACGCUAAAACGCAUCGAAUGAAUGUAUUUUUAUCAAAAUUCGAAGAAGGUAGAUUUGAAGAAGGGCAGACCGCCGCAUUUUUCUACCAGAUUCUAUUGUUUCGAAUGAAAACGCGUCGAAUAAGUAUAUUUUUAUCAAGUUUUGCAAUUCAAAUUAUUACCAAAUAUAGUUGUAGCGUGUUAAAAAUAUUCAGCUGUGUACAUGGAUGCAUUACAAUUAAGAAAUUUUAAAGACUUUCUUUUGUUGUACAAUCAAAUAUCUGAAACGUGUUUCAAAAAAUGUGCAAAUACUUUUCUGUCUCGUGAAAUUACUUCUGAUGAAGAGCUCUGCAUAAAUAAUUGUGUACAGAAAUACAUCUACACUAAUCAUAAGAUAAUGGAAAUAUUCAUGGAAGUACAACCUAGAAUGGUGCACAAAAGAAUAGAGGAGAUAAACAUGGCUCAAACAGCAGCGUUAGAAGCACAAGAUCAGCAAGUCAAAAUGGAACAGAGUCUACAAUAAUACAUCUUUAUCAAUUGUAUACGACAUAUUAUUGGCUGCUCCUUCCGACAAGAUAAAUCACAUAUUGGAACUUCAACUCCUUAGAUGAACAUCUAAAGUUUAAAAUAAAAUAAAAAAUAAUAAUUAAUUAAACUCUUUGAAUAUAAAAUUAAUCAGAGAAGAAUAUUCAAUUAAAUUUGAUCUAUUCCAUAAAGUCACAUUCUCAGGCAGAUAUCUUAAUUACAAUUGUAACUCGUCAAGGACAAAUCGUUUAACCAACAUUGAUUAUGUUUGACUUACUGAUGAUGACUCCAAAGAGAGUGAAAAUGUUUAAGAUUUCGGAAUAAAGUUGCACAUCAUUUAUCAAUUGGAA